GCGCCGGCGGAAAUUACACGCGUAAGCGGACAUAUCCGCCUGGCGAUGGGUUCAAGGCCCGGCAAGAUAAUUUGCAUUAUCUUGCGGUUGUAGAAAGUUGUAGCGAACACUUGUGGCAUCUCGGGCCAGUCCGUCGUGGUCGCCGAUUCCGCGUGGGACACGUGUCCACGAAGAAAAAUAUUCGUAACACGUGGGCGCUCGAGGGCCCCCCCAUGACUACUUCGGCUGGCGCCCAUCGCGCAGCACAUUAAAGUGUGCUACAGACACCUUGGCCAACCAUGCUCAACGGAAGCAGCAAGUCACGCGAGACGCUCAAGGAGUUUCUCCGGAAGCGGGUCGAGUCGCACCCAGGCAUCUCCAUCCAGAAGCUGACUGGCCACCUGUCACAGCUUCCCGCCGAGAUUCGCAUGAAGUAUGGUGGCAAUGUUGAUUCUAUUCGCAGGGUGCUCGAACAGUUCCCCGAUAUCUUCAUAAUCCGCAACCACGAUCAGGUGCACGUCUCGACUUCGAAGGCUUCCAGCAAACAGGCAGGAACGUCGUCGUCUGCUGGGGGUAGUGACGACGAAACCACCACGUUAACGGGUGCGAAAGGAAAAGUGUAUCGGCUGUUCAAGACUUAUGGUUUCAUUUCCGUGCAGCAUCCAAUUAGCACAAGCGUCUACUUCAGCCUGCGCUCGUUUGAAAAUGGACAGCAUUCGAGUUUACUUUCGUCUGGCCUCCAGCUCGGUGAUGGUGUUGUUCUUGAUGCCGAGGUGGGUCCCAAUGACUGUGAGGCAAAGUUUCGCGCUAGCCGAGUAUCGCGUAUUAAGGGUGGAAGCGCAGCUUCGCCGUCCGAUUCGUCGUCAUCACCAGCACCACAGGCUACAGUGUUUACACCGCUUGUGAACAGAAUUGGUGCCAUAGAGACCCUGAAAGAUGAGUUUGGUUUUAUCAAAUUGGAAAAGGAACAGGAAUGUGCAUUUUUUCACGCGGCCGAAAUAGAAAGGUAUCUUGGGACAGCUGUGCCCGCACUGCCAGAAGUUCUGGCUGUUGGGGACAAAAUUCGUUUCGAUGCCGACCUCAACAAAAACACGACCGCGAGGGCCAAGUGGGUGGUGACGACCAUACACAACAUACAAAAUGUGCCUCCGUGCAAUUCUGGAAGUGAGACUGAAGGCAGUGAAAUCGCUCCAGGCACCAUCAUCAAGCGAGACGGACUGAUACAAAUGGUCAAACCCGAAUUUGGUUUCAUCAAGUUUGGUACUAACUACCGAGACCGUGCCUUCUUUCAUCUUAACAACGUAGUGAUGCCUCCGCGUGACACCAUCAAGAGCCUGCCCGAUGUGUUUGCCAUCAAUGACCGAGUGCAUUUUGAAGCCAAGCCGAGCCAGAAACCUUCCGAGAAGGUCAAGUGGCAAGCGACAACAGUUUGGCUGAGUGAGUUUGGGCCUAAGGAAGAUGUCCUCGAUUCCACUGAUGAAAGCGGUAAUGAGGUCUUCCUCUCAGAUGAUGAGUCGGACAUCAUGGACCUGAUACAGGAGCGACUGGCUGCCGACACUGACAGUGAGACGGAGGAUGAAAUUUUAGGUGCUGGCUCGAGGCUACCUUGUGCUUCUUCACACACAAUAGUUGACGGGCUGAAGCAGUACUUACAGGGUCCCGUUAGCCCUGAUCUGUUGCCAAUGUCAAAGGACCCCAAACAUUUGUUCGAUGACUUUCACAAGGAUGACGGCUUUAGCCAGGUCCCCCAGGCAGUUGAGCCAUCCAUCGUCAUCUUUCGAGGUGCUACUGGUUUUGUGAUAAGUGUCACUGACUAUAGUGCUACUGUCGAGGUCCAAGACCAAGCAUGUUCCGUGGAGUCGAUGAAGGUGGAGUUCCUCAGUAGUGUUUUUUACCGUGAUGGGGUGCUGUGUACAAAGGGACUGUGCCAAGUGCUUGGCAAAGGAGAUGCGGUGGCGCUGGAUUUCAUGGUGGGAAGCAACGGACCGCACGAAGAGGUGCGGUGUGACCUGGUGUGGCAAGGGUUGCGGCCCGAGGGUGUCAUUCAGAUGAGUGCGGAGGAGUUCUCUCGUCGGCUGAAGAUCAAGGUCCUCCCCAUUCGUCACCGUGGGCCCUUGUUUGACGACUUUCAGCGGGAAUUGCAGGAGGCGGGCCACCACGUAUCGGCGCACCCAAGUGUAUCGGACAUCAACUCACGCCGGCGAAGAAGUCACCACAGUCCGCCAUCUUUUGCACCGACGUCCAGCGAAGCAUCGCCGUCAUCACCAUCGGGGAGCAUUCACGGGGACCAUGCUAUGCCUAAUGGCAUCUGUGUUGGAAAUCCUCUGGCAACCAGCGCACUCUUUUCCAACGACAUAAGCGAAAGUGUGCUUCGUCGUGUUGCCAGAAUCAUGGCAGAAGAACUUCAUGCGCUGCAGCAACAGGACCGGUUGGCGAAGGGUGCGGUUCGGGACGUGGGCACGCAGACUUCAGAACGAAGUGUUCGUUGAGUUCCGUGAGAAGACUCUAACACGAGAAGGACUUUAAAACAAGAUGACAACGGUGCUCUCCCGAGUGCUUGACGAGCGUGGACAUUACUGUCGUCACAUUGUGCCUUGAAAAGGGGGAAAAGGAUUUUUGUAGUUGCCAUGGUUAGUUGUGCCUUGGGGGAAUUUUGUGGUGUGACAUAGAAACAGGAGGAACCUGGUUCCAUGGGCCUGCUUCCUUUUCUUUUUCUUCUGUUUCACUCCUGAUGUAGUUAUCCCGGUCAUGCCCUUUUUUUUUUUUUUGCCUGCUAACAAUUCUACGAGAGCUAGUACUCUGUCACUGAUAAGAUCGUUGUUUUUGAAUGAUUGGCUGCCUUCAGUGUUGGAGCUGCAACUGUUCAUGAAACCGCUAAAAUUAGUGUGUUCCACGUGAAGUUGCACGGUUUGAUGUGGACGUGCAUGUUGUUUUCGAGUGUGCAUGGAGGGUUAGAGGGAGUGGGGCAGUUUUCAAGAUAGACAGCCCUUGCGGUUUCAAUCGUGUGCAAGCAGUGAAUCAUAUAAUUAGAGUGUUUCCUGUGAAGUAGUUCUCUGCUCUGUACUAAAAGCAUGUGUUACUCAAUAAUCACCGUCGGGGUAAUUGCAAAUGAAUUCUUCAUCAAAUGCGUGAACUUAAUUGCAGCUUUUUUGGCUGCUGUGUCAACAGAGAUGAGGAUAUUGUCCGCGGGAUUUGCUAGCAUCGUGAUUGGAACUGCACAUAAGCUGUUAAUGGGAGGCGGCAAAUUAUGGACAGCACAGUGCACAUGAAGUUGGGCAGAGAAGCACAUAGCUUGCGAUAUUAAUUGCUUUUUUUUUUUUUCAUUGCAGAUAAAUUCUUUAUCAAAUGAAUGAAAUAAGUGUAUGUCAUAAAGGGUAUUAGGGUUUGAGGUCGUGUCAGGCAGCUUAAGGGUGUAGUUUACUUUAUUGGCUGCUUUGGCAUUUCAAGUAAAUGACUGUAGGAGUUAGAGGAAUGAAUACAUUUUACAUGAACUAUUUCUGCGCCGAACAUGCACAAGGUUGUAUUUCAAGAUACUGGCUGUCCUUGGUGUCAAAAUUUAGAUAAAUGGGAAAGAUGAAGUAGGAAAAAGGAUGAAAUCGGAAAAAAUUAAUCAGCAUAUUUCAGUGUGAUGUAGAUAGGCGAAUAUGUCACAAGUUCGUCAGCUCUCGGUGCUUUCGUUUAUAAAUAUACUGUUAAUAAGACGAGUGAAAUGUUCGCUGCAGUUUGCAGUGAAAAUUUGCUCUCUUAUGUGCACAUGAACCCGCAGUGACAAUAUUGGUUUCCAUUCAUGAUGGAAUUGCAAGCAGGUAAAAUCGGUAUCAAUAAUAUGUAUAAGCGUAUCUUAUGUGAAGUAAUACUGUGCUAAAUGUAACCGAGCACGUAGUUUACAGUAGUACCUGUCAUCUGUAUAGCAGUAAUAGUGAGUCACUUAUGGAAUUAUUAAAAUUUGGCUGCUAAUGGUGUAAUAGAACGCAAGUUUCUAAGGGUUCUAUGGUCACUGUCCUUUCUGCCCAGCCUUUUGUCUAACACUGUUUGCAGCCUGCAUCAAACUAAUUAACUCAACAAUGCGUUUUGAGCGUUCGACGAAAUUACUCGGUAUAUUUAAUUUCCUGUAAAGUUAUAAUCUGCUGAACAGUAUUAAGCACGUAGUUGACAAAAUAGUGGCUGCUAUCUGUGUGGUAAAAUUACUAAUGAACUGCCUAUGCAAUUAUUAAAAUUGGCCUGCAAAUGAUGUUCGAGAACGUGCAAGUUUUAAAAGGUUCUUUGUUGUCCGGUCUGUUCCCUUGCAUCAUUUGCACUUUCUGCCAAACUUGAUAGCUCAGCAGUUCAUUUUGACGAAAUUAGUUGGCAUUACUCAGCAUAUUUCUUUUUCUUUUGUUGUGAAGUCAUACUCUGCUGAACAAUAGUGAGCGCAUAGUUUUUGAUGCUGGCUAUCACCAGUGAUGAAGUUGCAAGCUUACCGUGAAUGAAUUGAGUGACGUUGAUCGACGUGGAAGCAGGCGUGCGUGGAACCAUGUUCCAUCCUGUUCAUCCUUUUUUUUUUUGGUACUCACUUGUAGAUUUUAUUCGUGAUAGCAGUCUAGCUGGCAGGCGGUCAGGCCUUUGGUGUGCUUGUUAAACACACUCCAUGGCAAUGCUCCCCACUCCGUGUGCCAAAACGGGAAUCGAUGAGGAGGGAAUUGACAGUUUUGCAGGCCAGAAUGUUGAGUCGUAAUUCCCAAAUGUGCUUUCACACAACGCCAAGAUUUUAUUGUUUUUGUUUCCUUUUUCUACAAGGGGUGUUGUUAUAGGCUUGCGACGUAUAUGGAUUUUUUUGCUCUACAUUAAUUUCAGAUUUGUACAGACUUCUACAUUGUACAACUUUUGUUGUCGUCUUUUUUUUCCAGAAUGAAUUUCCAAAGUGCUCAAGAUUGUAAGGUUCCAAUGUCUGCAUGUUUUUUUUUUAAGCGUUGACAUGUGUUGUCUUAUAUGACAUUUGAACUGUUGUGUGUUAAAUAAAGAUGAAACCUUCAUGUCGCCA